AUGACCACAAAACAGCCCAUUUACCAGCAAGGCGUCUACUGCGAAUCUGCCUUGCGCAGAACUGUGAGCAGGUCCAAGAGCAGAGCGUCCAUGAUGGAGGAGCAGGCAGUGCUCACGAGACCACCCACUCAAGACGAUCUCUUCAGCGCUUCUCAGAGCAAAUCUUUCAAGGUCGGCUCUUCCCGUCCCAAUAGCCAACUGUCGUGGACGAGGCCUGCGUCUAGCAUGUCUUGGCACUCAGCUCCUGACCUCCUUCCUCUCCAACGAGACUCUCGUCCCACCAGCGCGCUGAGCAUCAGCCGUCAAAGAUACGAGACGCGUCCCGCCGGGCUGAGCCGGUCAAGAGUUGGGCACGAGCUCGGGUUCAACAUGGCAUCGAGACAGGCGCUGGUGGAGGAGGGCGGGGAGGGGCAACAGGCGCUACUUGGCCCCCAGCCGAUGACAUUGAGAUUCGUUCCAACACGUCCCACGUACCUUCUCAACCUGCAAAAGUACUCCAUGGUCACUGGAUGCACCAAGCACGUCCCAGGCAGAAGAUUCGUCGACUUCAUGUCGAGGAAUGAUAGCGGCCUGAUGGCCCGGAGGCAGAUGUUGGAGGACGUGGGAGCCCCGCAGACUCACUUUGCCAACACGACCAAGUGCAUCUAUCCGGCUUCUAUCCCCUUCAAGAUGCAGGUUCGGUACAAGGGAGGAGGAACCGCUUAUAACGAGUUCAACCUGAUGCCCUCUUGA